CGAAGUACUCAGCAUUGAAACUUACAACCCUCAACUUGCAUCUCGACAAUUCAGCCUUGUUCAAGCAUGGCCUAUGUUACCUCCCUCGUCUUUGAAUUUUCCAAAAUUUCACCAACGACCCCCAGAUCUUACCGAGGGACGAAUUAUGGAGGUACGAGGACACCAGGAAUCCACACAAUACUUUCCUCCUCAUAAAAAUGUGGUGAAUAAAGUCUCGCCCCAAUUCAAGGAUGCAUGGAAUUCACUGGCAUCACAUAUUUUUGGCAAGCCGUUAUCUGAUAUUCUCGCCCGGCUUGCUCCUGACCACGAUGAUGGUUCAACCACGACAGCAUUCGAUACUCUCUCGAAACGGCGAGCAUGUAAAACCCUCGUCCCUAGACUCCUCCUUAUGCUUGCUGUGACAUUCAUAUUUCAACUCCCGCCUUACUUAAAACUUCAAUUGUUGCAGUUCUUGAGAGUCGUCAUCCAUUAACUCGCCUCCCUCCAUCUCUUCGCAGAGCACCCAUCGAGGUUAGCAUUACCCAUACUUUUUUAUCCUACCCGACCAUCUUUUGGAUAACUUCCUUCCCACACCCUUGCCUCCUUUUGCAGGUAGACACCGACGAUUUUGAUAUCUAGCACAAUCCCAACACCGCGAUGGAAUCAUCUAGGACCUCUCUCCCCGCGGCGUCUCCACCUACGGCUGGGCUUCGACACCAAGUCCAAGAAGCAUUGAAGAUGAUGGAUCAAUUUCUUAGCAUUCCUCUGGUGACUUCCAUGAAUGACCAAACCAUAGUAUGGCUCGGCUCUGCUUGCAAGACUCUGGAGACUUUGAGAAUUAACAUUCCACCACUUAGUGCUGCUGACAUGACGUUCCUCCGCACGGUGGGUAAAGACCUACUGGAACGCGGGAAAGCUGUGGAACCAGCUUUGCAAGUGGCUAGAGCAAGUACAAUGCCUACUCUCCCAAAGGGGCUGAACAAAUGCGACGUGAGGAAGCAGCUCGGCUCGCCACUGACCCCACUCGUGUGGAGAUAGAAGCGCAGGUUGAGCUGCAAGCAGCGCAAAGCUUUUUCACUCGCGUCCGCACUACUAUAUCCCGCAUUUCCCAGCAGCUCGCCGAUUACGAGCCGUCUGACUCCUAGAGAAAUUCUUUUCUGCAUUUUGGAAUUUACCUCGAAUUUUUGUUUUGGCAUCGUUUCUCGGAUUGCAUACUCUUAUUUGCCAUGUUAACUCGACCUAUAAAGAACUUAGUUUGCU